CUUCAACCCGUUUCGCGCGCGCACACUCCGCCACAAUUAUUAUUGCCUAUUAUAAUAAUAUUAUACUCACAUCAGCUACAGGUAUGAUAUUUUAGUAUCGUAACUAUUAUAUUAUUAUCGAUAUUAUAAUUAUUUGUAAUCGUAUUGGCCGUCGGGACCGGUGAUGGGUAGGAUCGACACACGUUAUCAUUUAUCGGUAUAAUAUCGUCAUACGAUUAAUUAUUCGAGGGUUCGGAUAUCAAAAGUCAUCUACGCCACAACAUCACGACCACGGACUAAGAAAGAAUUAGGUAUUGUCGAUAGUCCUCGAUCACCACAUAAUAAUAUUGUGAUAAUAAAUUGAUGACCACAUUGCGAGACGUACAAUAUUAUAAUUUAUAAUUUUUAAUUAACCGCUCUCGUGAUCUGUGCGAACGUUACGUACAACGAUAUUAUGCCAUUCGGUCCGUUUCGCCCGUCGCGUCGGCCGCGGCGGCGUCGCGCGUCGGACCUAAACGCCGCGAGUCCUCCCGCCCCCGCCCCCGCCCCCACUGGCAUCGCGCCGCCGUCGAACGCCGCCGUCGUCGUCGGUGGCGGCGGCGUCGGCGGCGGCGAUGACUGACGGCGCGUCGCGGAGGAGGUCCACACUCAUCUAUUUAAACGCACCGGACGCGUUGCUCGCCGUAUUUGUCGCAUCGAACGCCAUGUCGCGCACUGUCAGCCGCGGCGAUUCUUCGCGGACGGACGACGUGACCGUCUUAUUGGUUGCCGGCAACGACAGACGAAAAUCCGUCGUCGUAAACUUGCGUCGUCACCGUCCCUCGUCCAACAGCUGGAUCUCGAUGUGUUCGGUUUUCGAUUUUUUGAUGGUUUUGUGCAUUUGCAUUGUACAACUAUCGGCAAAAGGUACAGUCACGAACACGCCUUGUACAAUUAUUGAUAAUUGCUGUGUCCGCAACAUGACUAACUAUUGGAAACACAAAACUGAGCUGCACUGUUCAGAGAUCCAAAUCAUACCAGUUGUUGACGAGAUAAUACACGUGCUAACUAUAGAUGAUUCAGCCGAUAUUAAAGAAUUAUCAGAAAAAUCGAUUAAUCCAUACAAUAAUCUUACAGAUAUAAUAUUAAACAACAUGAAAAACCUAGAAUAUUUGGAUUCGUCAACUUUCAAAAACUUAAAUAAAUUACAGUCGUUGUAUAUAUUUCGAGCUAGUGCUUUGACCGAACUGCCUUACGAUAUAUUUCAUGGUCUAUCAAAAACGUUUUUAGUACUUCGUAUAAGUAAAGCGAAUUUAAAGGUCAUUCCUGAUCUUUCAGACCUCGGGACUCCAACUGCGAUGCACAUUAUCGAAUUUGAAGGAAAUCAGCUGGACAAGUUACCAACGAAUGGAAUCAAAACACGAGCAGAACAGUUAUUAUUGGAAUAUAAUAAAAUACACGUAGUAGAAAAUUGGGCUUUCAACGGCUCUGAAAUAUCAAAACUGAGUUUGAGGGGAAAUUAUUUAGACUUUUUGUCCGAACACAGUUUUGAUGGAAUUUUAAACUUAAGGACACUAGAUUUAUCACAUUCCUCAAUGAAAGUAUUACCGACAUCUGGGUUGAAAAGCCUAGAGGUACUUCGCAUCGAAAAUGCUCCUUCAAUGACUGUGAUUCCUUCAGUUUAUUUAUUUGGCAAUUUAAAAGAAGCUCAUCUCACGUAUUCAUUCCACUGUUGUAGUUUUCAGUUUCCAGCUAAACACGAUUAUUCGACGUAUGAGUUUCAUAAAGAAGGCUUUGAAACUCCAAGUGAAUGUGUUCAAGCGAAAAAAAAUAACGUUCAUUUAAAUUUGGUGUCCAAUGAUUUUAUGGAGAAUGGUUAUAUUGAUUACGCAAACGACAGUGAAGAAGAAUUUUUUAACGAGCCGGCCAUGACAAAUAGUACCCAGGACAUUAUAUGUGGCAAUAUCACUCCGCCGACCACGAGAUCGGACGUUCAAUGUUGGCCGCAACCGGACGCCUUGAAUCCGUGCGAAGAUAUAAUGGGUUUUUUUUGGCUAAGAGUGAGCGUUUGGCUGGUAGGAAGUGCAGCGUUACUGGCAAACGUAGUCGUGUUGAUGGUGGUUUUCCGUAAAGAUUUUAAUCACUCUGUACCUAGAUUUCUGAUGAGUAAUUUGGCUUUCGCCGACUUUUGUACGGCUAUCUAUUUGUUGCUAUUGGCCUACGAGGAUUUGGUGUCCAGUGAAAAAUAUUUCAACUACGCUUACUCAUGGCAAAACGGUGUCGGGUGCAAAAUUGGAGGUUUCUUGACAGUUUUCUCUUCUCAACUAUCAGUUUUCGCAUUAUGCUUGUUAACGAUUGAACGGUGGUACUCAAUACGCAAGGCACUAUACACAAACAAAAUGACGUUCGCUUCAACAGUGAGAAUAAUGGCCUUUGGUUGGGUGUAUUCAAUUGUGAUGGCAACUAUGCCGCUACUGGGCAUAUCAAGUUAUUCUACUACCAGCAUCUGCCUGCCGAUGGACACGGCACGCGCGAGCGGAAUGUGCUACGUGUUCACGCUGUUGGCGUUCGGAGCGGCCGCGUUCGUGCUGAUGCUGUUCUGUUACGUGCAGAUCUACAUGUCACUGAGCUACGAGACCCGACACGCUGCGAAAGGGGAGGCUUCGGUGGCCCGCAAGAUAUCCGUCUUGAUCGGCACAAACUUCGCGUGCACCGCGCCCGUCAUCUUCUUCGGCUUCACCGCUCUGCUCGGCUACCCGCUCAUCGACGUCACCAAGUCAAAAAUUUUGCUCGUCUUCUUCUACCCCAUCAACUCGUGCGCCAACCCGUUCCUCUACACCAUACUCACAGCCAGUUUCAGACGCGAAGCCUUCUCGACAGUCGCCAAGGUAACAGCUGAAUAUGUAUAAAAUGUUAUUGAGCAUCAGUUCAAAACAGGGAUUGUAUUUUGAACAGAAAACGCAGACGGACCAAAUGCCCUAGGCCUACUAUUGAGUUUAUAAAGUUAAUUAUGUUACUAAAAUGUUUUAUUAUAAAUUAUAUUGAUGUUUAAAAUAUAUUACCUUUAGUUUAUUUUUUAUUUACAUCGUAGUUUUUAGUCUAAGUAUAUCAUUUAGUUAUAUAUUAUGUAGAACAUAGAACAUGUUUUUUAUUUGAUGCAUUAAACAUUUUACUGUAG